AUGGCAACUGUAGAUGAAGGAACUGCGCCAAACGCAACUGUCUAUGCCAGGAAUCUGUCUGAGCGCAUCAAGAUCCCUCAACUCAUAGAAGCUCUGCGCGAGAUCUUCGAAGAAUAUGGGACAAUCAUCGACAUCGUCGCCAAGUCAAGCUUGAAGCGUAAGGGACAGGCCUUUAUUGUCUUCGACAGCGUCCAGUCAGCAGAAAACGCCAUCGACGAAGUCAAUGGAUUCGAGUUAUUCGGCCAGGCCAUGUCUCUCGAUUUCGCCCGAACAAGGAGUGAUGCAACAGUACAAAGAGAAGGGACUUCUGAAGAGUUUGAACAGCACAAGCGUCACCGCAAGGCCGAGAAGGAGCGCAAACAAGCCCUCGAGGCAGCAGAAGCAGCCAAGAACCUCAAACGACCAGCACCAGGUGCUCCCGAGCCAGAAGCCGCUGCUCAGCGCGCUCCUAAGACAGCACGUGGAGCAGGUCUCAAGGGAACAUCAGGCGCCGGCGCUGGAGUCGUGCCCGACGAAUACCUCCCUCCCAACAAGAUCUUGUUUAUCAGGCAGGUACCCGAGGAUUACGGAGUCGAUGCCCUCACAGCCAUCUUCUCGCGCUUUGCGGGUUUCAAGGAGGUCCGUACUGUGCCUGGUCGUAAGGGCAUUGCUUUCGUCGAGUACGAAGCCGAGGAUGGGGCUAUCAGUGCCAAAGAAGCCACGGCAGGCAUGUCGCUAGGUGACAAUACCAUCAGAGUCACAUUCCAGCGUCAAUAG